CAAAAUCCCCUAUAACUCCACAGCCGUGACUCCCAGGCGAUGUCGGGCCCACUGGACGUAUCCAGCACAUCAUGCCCCUCAUCGGUCUGGUCAUCACUGUCGCAACCCUAUGGUUCAUCGGCGCAUUGUCUGUUCAGGGAGCGGCCUACUAUGCAGACGGUGUCAGUACAAAUGGAACGGGGCCUGUGGUCGACGUUGGCUACGCCGCAUUCCUAGGAAAUGCAUCUGUGCCCGGUGUACACUUCUUCGGCGGGAUACGCUACGCACAACCGCCUCUUGGCGAACUACGCUGGCGUCCGCCCGCUGCGCUGAAUGAGACAUCAACGACGGACAAGAGCGUCACUGACGCACAGUGGUUCGGAGACAUUUGCCUGCAACAGCCUGCCCAGUUGGGCUUCGGAUCCGACGACUGUCUGACACUCAAUGUGUGGAAGCCUGCACAUGCGCGCGCGGGUGACAAUCUGCCCGUGGCUCUGUACAUACAUGGCGGUGGAAAUUAUUACGCGAGCGCGCAAGGGUUUCCUAUGGCGACCUGGGUCCAGGGAAGUGGCGGGGACAUUGUUGCGGUCAACAUUCAAUACCGCCUCGGCCUACUCGGCUUCCUCGCAUCCGACGUGCUCAUGGAGAACGGUACGGCCAACGUUGGGCUACUGGACCAGCGUGCAGCAAUCCAAUGGGUGCAACGGCAUAUCGCUGCAUUCGGUGGCAACCCUGACCAUGUCACCGUCGUCGGCGAAAGUGCCGGUGCAGCAGAUAUCGUGUAUCAGAUGAUAGCUUACGGAGGGCAAGGCGAGGCACCAUUCCAAGCCGCGAUCACCCAGAGCAUUGGCACAGACCCGAUCCCUGACUCCACCACAUACGAGUACUGCUUUGCGAACGUGGCCGCGACUGUUGGCUGUCCUGACAACUCUACGGAGACGAUGCCUUGUCUCCGUGCUGCACCAUUGUCUGCGAUCGUUGCCGCUGUGAACGGCAAGCCGAGCGCAUGCAAAUAUUUGCCGAUCAUCGACGAAGAUUUUCUCCCCGACUACCCCUCGACUCUCAUUCGAGAGGGCAAAUUCCACAAGAUGCCAUUCAUUGGGGGACAUUGCACGGACGACGGAAGCAUCUUUGUAGGCGCUCCGAGUGGAAUCACGAACACUACCGACGGCUUCAUCGCUGCUCUUCGAAGGCGAUAUACGACACUGUCGAACUUCACUGCCGCUCGAGUCGCGGAGCUAUAUCCCGCGGACGAAUUCAACUCGACAUACGAGCGAGCGAAGACGGCCUUUGGCGAUACUGUGAUUACAUGCCAGUACGUACCAUGCAGAAUCACGAAAGACUGGUUCAUUGCUAAGAAGUUGCAGAGUGAAGGCAUCGCAGCAGUGUACAACUACCGCUGGAAUACUCCGGACCCUGUGCAAUUGGCCAAAAAUACAUGGGAAGGUGUUAUGCACACAUCCGAUUUGUUCUUCCUGUUCAAUGGGACAAACUCUGGACCGUAUCCAGGCGUUGCCUCGAGUUUUGCUCCAUUUAACGCGUCCGAGCAGGCACUUUCGACAGAGGCCACAGGGUAUUGGACGUCGUUCUCUCGGUCCUUCAAUCCUGCUGCGCACGUGGCCAUCGACGCAUCCACCGGAGCGCUCUCUCCCGCACCUCUGUGGCCGGCGUCGACCUCAGGUCGGCUAGUGAUUCAGGAAGGUGAAGGAGAGACACGCAUGGAAGCGUUCCCCCUAGAGUACGAAGAGCGAUGCCUGUUUUGGAACGAAGUUGGGCCCGAGAUUCACUUAUGA